UCACACUCACACUCACACAUCACUACCACUCAUUUUAAAUUCUCUCUCUAUGGGCGACGCCGCCGGCCAAAUCAGCGCCUUCGAGCCGCCGCCGAAGCCAAAAAGAAACAAGUAUGCUAUGGCUUGUUCUUUCUUGGCUUCCAUGACCUCCAUCUUACUCGGAUACGAUAUAGGAGUGAUGAGUGGGGCUAUACUCUACAUACAGAAAGACCUUGGCAUAUCAAGGACCCAAAAAGAGGUGAUAAUGGGGAUUCUCAACGUCUACUCGCUCCUGGGCUCCGCCGCCGCUGGCCGCACCUCCGACUGGAUCGGCCGCCGAUACACCAUUGUGUUUGCCGGGGCCAUUUUCUUUGUAGGCGCGCUGCUCAUGGGCUUCGCCCCCAACUACCCCUUCCUCAUGGCUGGCCGCUUCGUUGCUGGCGUUGGCGUUGGCUACGCCCUCAUGAUAGCGCCCGUCUACACGGCUGAGGUCUCGCCGGCGGCCUCCCGCGGCUUCCUCACUUCUUUCCCUGAAGUCUUCAUCAAUUUUGGCAUUUUACUAGGCUAUGUUUCCAACUUUGCCUUCUCCAAACUCCGAUUGGAGUUAGGGUGGCGACUGAUGCUGGGCGUGGGCGCCAUUCCUUCCGUCUUCAUCGCCCUAGGCGUCCUCGCCAUGCCAGAGUCGCCGCGGUGGCUGGUCAUGCAGGGCCGCCUCCGCGACGCCAAGCACGUCCUCGACAAGACCUCCGACUCCCUCGCCGAAUCCAAGCUCCGCCUCGCCGAGAUCAAGGAGGCCGCCGGGAUCCCCCAGGACUGCGACGACGACGUGGUGACCGUAUCCAAGAAGAGCCACGGCGAGGGCGUAUGGCGCGACCUGCUCUUCCGCCCCACCCCGGCCGUGCGCCACAUCCUGCUGUGCGCCGUCGGGAUCCACUUCUUCCAGCAGUGCACCGGCAUCGACUCCGUCGUGCUCUACAGCCCGGAGAUAUUCAAACGCGCGGGCAUCAAAGACGACACGCACCAGCUACUCGCCACGAUGGCCGUCGGAUUCGUGAAGACGCUCUUCAUCUUAGUGGCCACGUUUCUUCUGGAUAAGAUCGGGAGGAGGCCGCUGCUCUUAUCCAGUAUGGCAGGUAUGAUCCUGUCUCUACUAAGCCUCGCUAUUGGGCUAACCAUCAUCGAGAAUUCGGAGCGGAGAUUGAUCUGGGCCAUCGCUCUCUGCUUGGCUUCGGUGCUGGCCUACGUGGCGCUAUUCUCGAUCGGGAUGGGCCCCAUCACGUGGGUCUACAGCUCCGAGAUUUUCCCGCUGCGGCUGCGGGCGCAAGGGUGCAGCAUAGGCGUCGCAGCGAAUCGGGUCACUAGUGGGGCGCUGGCAAUGUCGUUUUUGUCCCUGAGUGAGGCAAUCACCAUAGGAGGGGCCUUCUUUCUUUACACGGGAUUGGCCGUAAUUGCCCUUUUGUUCUUUUACCUUUUAUACCCCGAGACGCAGGGGAGGACUCUUGAGGAGAUGGAGACUUUGUUCGGAACUUUCUUCCGGUGGCGGGCGACAGCAAGGACAUUAAAGGAAAACCAACUGGCCCAAAUUGAAAAGGAAAACCAUGAUGGGACUGCUGUGGUGAGCCAUUAAUUGCAAGUGAAGAGUAGUGUUAUCGCAUGGUGGGUGGGAAGACAACAAAUUUAAAUAAGACUACAACAAGAAAUUGCAGUUCCAUGUAUUUAAGGAAAUACUACUACUAGUACUACUAAAGAAGCAAAGUAAAUUGAUUGCAAA